AUUUCUUUAUUGGUUGGUGCAGGUUUCAUUUAACUUAUUUUUUUCAUCGGCUUUCUGAUACACGAUGGCCGAAAUGAAAAUGAGAGAAUUGUCUUCGGACCAGAAAGCUGCUCGUUAUCGGAAAAAGGAGAAAGAAGAACUGGAUCCUAGUGGUAGGAUGGACUCAGAAAGAGAAGCACUACUGACUGAGAAGAAACUGAAGAGGCGACGCAUUUUUGAAAGGAUCCUCUUCUAUUCCGUUUUCUAUGCAUGUCUUGUGGCUUUCUUCGCUAUAAUGAUGCUGAUUCAUCACCAAACUCUGGAUGAGAACAAGCCAAAAUACCAGAAUAUUUACGGAGCAAUUGGGAAUACCCCAGGUCUUGGUGUACGGCCAAAAUCUGAUGUGAAUGAGAGUGCUCUGAUUCACAUUAAACAAGAAUACGAACAGUUGACUCAAAGCAGUGGUGGUUCAAUUGUCCAAUGCUAUCCUGGCAAAGUUCUGAGACCCGGAGAAGUAUGCCCUUUUGACAUUCGGCUCUUGGGGACAAGCAUGUGUACGAAGGAAAAUCGUUUUGGUUAUGAUCGUGGAAAUCCGUGCAUCAUCCUAAAAAUUAAUAAGGUUUAUGGAUGGAUUCCUGAAACAUAUGGCCCGGAAGACAAUCUUCCCGAUGAAAUGCCAGAAUUUCUGAAGCGAGAAGUCAGGAAAACCAGCGUCAGCCGCGAGUUCAGCUUGUAUAGUAAUGUAAGAACUGGCUUCGUUGCCUUGUCGCUUUCUUUGGGUGUGACCAUUUUUAUUCUUGAAUUGAAGGAUGAAAACAGAAGACCGCCAAGUGUCUGGCUUUCAUGUGAAGGAAUCACGUCUGCAGACAGGGAAUAUUUGGGUGCUGUGGAAUAUUUUCCUUAUCCCGGUUUUCCGGCAUAUUUCUUCCCGUACACGAAGACGCCGGGUUAUUUAUCGCCUCUUGUUGCUCUUCAUCUCAAAGAUCCAAAACCUGUGACUUCAUCGAGUGUUACAAAAAAGCCGAAGAAUCCGGAGCUUGCUGCCCGCGUGAAGUUGAUGAAACUGAAGCAGUCCUCGAAAGGUGACCCUCUAAUUCCUGCGGACGAGCGCGUG